UGUUUUGUUGGGUUUCCUAUCCUUUUUCCCCCAAAAAAAAUAAAUGUCUCAUUUGACAGAUAACCUCAAAAUAUUAAUUUAAUAAAUAAAUUCAAAUUUAAAAUAGAAUUAUUAAAAGAAUGGAUGAAAUACUAAAAGAAAUGUCGACGUUAAAUAUGGAAGAAUCAACUGAAGAAGACAAAAUCGUGAAAACAGCCCUAAAAAUUUUAAAGAAAACCACGGAGAUGAUCGAAAAGAAUUACACAGACCCAAAACAAUUAUUUAACGACUUAAUCGAGGCUGAUUUGAGAUAUUUCCUAACAACAGACAUUGAAAUUAAUAGGAUGGACCUAAAAGGCGUGUUAGAAAUGAACGAUUUAUUUCCGAUAGUCACAAAAUGCGUUACAAAACUCUUCGAGCACACCAAAAACGAGUUGGGAAAAAAGGAUUUGAGCCAAAACGAAAUUAUCGAGGUUGUAGGAACCAUCGCAAACCUCACCUUAAUCAUGGAAAUCUCCAAUUUUAAAACCAAAGACAUUCAAAAAGAAAUCGAAACAUUUUUAGUGUUUUUGUUCAGAUUCUUUUUCAAUUUCGACGAAAUAAAUAAGUUUAAUUUGUUAAUUUUAUGUGAAGAGUUGAUUUUGGAGUUUACAAACCGCCACGAAUCGCGCUUAUUCAUCCUAAUUGAAAUUAAAAAUCGUUUCGAAACCAUCAAAAACACCCAAAUUUUAACGAAUUUUAACAUCAGCGAUGUAUUAAGUGGGAUCGAAAUUGAGUGUUUUAUGCAUUACGCAAACAUCUUGCGGGAGGUGCUCGAAAAAAAUUGGUUCACCCCCAAUGGAAACAACAAAAAAAUUCCAAAAGAUAUUUUAAACGAUUUAAAUAAAAUUUUGAUUGAGUUAAAACCGUAUUUAACGAGAUCGCUUAAAUUUGUUUUUGAUAAUUGUUCAAUGUACUUAAUUUAAUUAAUAAAUAAAUA